AUGUUCGGAGCACAUUCACUAACAUCUCUUGGUCCAUCGGAUCGAUACCAUUCCAGUGCCACCAUCAACAGCUACUCCUCAGCCUGGAGCUCCCCUGUCCUCGGACAAAUUUACAAAAAUGGAAAAUUUGGCUCUCUGCAGUCUCUGUUUUCCAGCAAAUUUUCAACAAAGAAGUCAUCAUCUCAUUCAUUGUCACUGGCAUCACCUCGUUCACGAGGUUCAACGUGCUCAUCCAACAAAGAACCUAACCCUUCCGUUGCAUUUCAAACUUUCAAGGAAUAUAUUGAAUUGGUGGAUAGGAAAUUUGAUCAGAUGACAAAAGGCAGAGAAGCUCCAAUCACAUCAAUGGCUAGAAGGAAUUUGAAGGCAGCAGAGAGGUAUAAGAAGAGAUUGGAAUAUCAACUCAGCAGGGUCGAAGAGCUGGAGGAGAAUUAUGAUUUUCAUUUCAAACUGAUGAAAGGUGUCGUCACGAUGGCACAAGCCUACGUCUGCCAGCCAUCAACCCACAACAAAAAGAACUCUCUCUAUAAUGUCCAGUGUGGAUAUAAGGAGUGUUGUCAGACGAUGUGCCUUAUUGAAUCUCAGUUGGAAAUGCUGAUGGGCAGCUUUGGGUGCACCAUCAAAGGUCUUGUAGGGUUUGCGCGACUUUUGCCCAACGACGUGUUCGAAGUUGUUGUAAGGCACGGGGAACAAAAGUUCAAGACAAGGGGUAUGAUUGGAGUUGUCGAUCAACGAUGGAAUCCAAAUACAUUCAAGUUCAAAGCACGUUUCGGUGAACAUCUCGUUUUUAAGGUCAUGGAAGUGAAGUGGUUUGGCAAGUUAGCGAGUCUCGGAAAGAAGAGUUGUGAGGUGUACGAACUUUUCUCCAGUCUUGCACAUAAAGUCGCCAUCAACUUCCACACGUCGGGGUCCAUCAAACUCGACACCGUGCUAACCUGGAUACCGGUGGACUCAGUUGAAGAGACUAUGAAUGUUGUGGAUCUGUUGAAGUCGUCAUCUUCAAACUUACAAGCAACAACAGAACAACAUCGCGUGCUCGCCAAACACCAGAAUGAGUUGUUUCCAGUAAGUCCACUGCCAACGCCAGAAAGACAUGCUAACCCCAGAAGCACCCCAACACUGUAUGAUGACCCACAAUCAUUUGAUCUUGCCAGCUUACAAGACAACGACAUCAUCACACAUCGUAGCAAAAAUUUUUUGCAACAUUGCCACUACUUGCAACGAAGUCGACCUUAUUCAAUGCAGGCCUUGGAGACGCAGGACAGCAGUGAGGCAUUGGUCAAGAGGAGAUCUGUUGCUUUCGAAGUGGUUUGCAAUCCUCUCUAUGAAGCAAGCAUGUCCCGCAAGUCUGCCUCAUCUUCAUUGCUCUAUGAUUCUAAACGCUACCAACAACGACAACGACAAUGUAUACAACAUGGACAGCAGCAAACACAACAUCAACAAACACAGCAGCUACACACACAAGCACAACCUCAAGAACAUUCAACUGAGAGCCUUCAUAACGACCACCAUGAUAUCGAACUUAACAGCAAAAAUACUAUUUCUUGUGUUGAGACAAUAUCUAAAGAUUAUGAUCAGGAUGGUGAUGUCGACGAUGAUGAUUAUGAUGCCGAUGUGAGGAGGCGAUUGUACAGAACGCACCACUGCUUGCGAAAGUUGUUGGCUGAUCUUGAUAGAAGGACUGACGUGGAUUCGUGCAACAUUAACCGAUGCAUCAAGACAUUCACAAGUCUGAUGGCUUCUAUUGACCAUCUCCUCAUUGAACGAGAGAAAUAUGAUGACCAUUCAUUGAGAAGCUCAAAUUCGCCAGGCAGUCUGACCAUUGAAAAUGCCCUUAGUGCCUUCAACUUUCUGGAUUCCAUGUCUGAAGUGGACAACAAAAGGACCACAUCUGCAAGUGAAGAGCCAGCUCUAGUUAUUAGAAAGUGGGACCGGAAAGAAAAACAAAAUAUGGAGGCUACAUGCAUGGAAAGAGUAAGGAUGUAUGACCAAUUCAUGAAUGGUGUAGACCCACAGAAGGCCAUUGUAAGCUUGGAAAAGAUGUGUCAGGAAAAAAGUGGGAAGGCCAUCAUAUGGACUACUAAAUACAGGCAACGCGACAUCGCGGUUCAACAAGACGUGUGCCAUUUGGAUUUGAAACAGAAUGAAUCAGACUCUGGUAUAAAUUCUCAGAGGGUCAGCUACGAAGACAACCCAGCAACAAACAAUCUUCCAACUUCAUCUCAACAGAGACCACUGCAACAACAACACGCUGAACAUCAACGCUUAAUGUCAACAGGACAAAACCAGUUGGAUAUUGUCCUUGACAUUCAUUUAAGGAAAUCUCUCCAAAUACUUCGGUUGGUGGAUGGCUUUGUGAGGAAGGAGUUCUGGUGCAGAGAUGUUGAGGAUUAUGUGGGCAAGUUGUCCGUUCAGUGCGACAUUCUGCUGAAGAUCCUCUACUUCAUUGAAAACUGGGAGGAAACUGAACUACCGGAUGUGCUGAAGAUAGUGCCGACGAGUGCCUUCUCGAAGCAGUUCUGGCUGAGGUGCAUCUCAGCGAAUGUUCUUCACGCCAGCUGCCACGACGUCAGACAUCAGGUCGUCUUCCUCUGCAGGCAGAUGCACGACCUCAACGAGCAGCCAAACGACAACAGCGUCAUAAACAACAACAACAACCUCAGCAUCAACAACAGCAACGACAACAUCAUUACUGUGUUCCAGUUCAUGUUUUUCUUUUCUACCUCUCAAAAUCAUGACAUUCAAAAAUUCAUUAGAACCUGUUUGCAUGAAGUGUACGUAAGAGAUAUGUUGUCUUCUGGCAAAGAUGAAAGUGACCUGAAGAUGGCGUAUGCACUGAUGAAAGACUCACCAAUCUACCCAUCUUGCUACAUCCUCAUCAUCUCCCACCUUACUUCAAAUGAUCGUCUGCUCAACAAAAUUGCUAGUCUGUUCAUUUUUUUCAACUCGCGAUUUUCUAAAGAAAUUAUCAGAAGAAAAAUUGAGCCAGCCAUUCUUCUUUUAAUAACUUUACGUGACGCUUUUGUUUAUCUCCACACGACUCACGGCAUUCUUUUCUUGUGGGAAGGAAAUGGUCCCAAGAUCCAUCAGACCUACUCAAUCCUUCGUUGUGCUUCCAAUCUCAAUGCUAAAUCUUGGCCGUAA